UCAGGUGGCGACCCUUCCAGUACCCUUGGUCGGACAGAAGGCUUCAUGGGUGUCUGAAGCUGCCACAUCUCCCUCUGCCGUGCCCUUAACCCCUGAUUGACCUCAUGGCCCUCAAGUCCCGCAGCCCCAGACUCCCCAGACUGGGUGUCCUCGGGCAGCCUACUGAUGAGUGGCGUGGCGCCUCCUCCCCGCGUGACUUCCGAGGGGCGUCCCCGUCCCGUCAGCAGGAGCGUCACUCCGGGAGGCUGGUGCUGCUGCCGGUGCUUGCUGACGGCGAGGAGCACCCGAUGCCUUACUACGAGACCAGCGACGAGCUCCUCCGCGCCGCGCAGCCCAAGCCCCGGCGGGAGGAGGAGAGGAGGCUCAAGUCCCAGGCACAGGUGUUCGACAAUGAUCCACGCCUCCAAAAAAUGCUGCUGGACGAGGUGCUGGAGGACGCCCUGGCAGAGGAGGUGGUGGCCGUAGCCUCUGUGGUCCUCGAGGAGAGCAAGUACAAGGAGGACGAGGACAAGCGAGCGGCGGGGCUGGUCGAGGAGGAGCUCAUCAUGCCGGAAGUGAAACAGCAGGUCUACAUCAGUGUGUGGGAACUCCUGUACGACCUGGGCCGCGCGCUGCCCCGAGACGAGUUUAUGGAGCUAAAGAAGCGUGAGAAAGAACUGAAGCUGCACCCUGUGGCGAGGCAGGCGUUGUUGGCGCACGUGUCGGAGGGUGAGAAAUGGACGGACAACUUAAAAGAAGAGAAAAUCCUGUCGGAGCUGCCAUGGGACGCUCUUGUUUACAACUACUACAAGAACCUGCAGGAAAACGCCAUGUCCAAGAACGUCGCCUUGAGGACUCUUCAGGAACGCGUGGUUGCGGCGGCGGCAGGGGAGGAGAUCGAGAGUGUUCUGGUGGAGGCGCUGGAAGACGAAGUGAAGCAGUUGGACACGAUGGAAAAGGUCGCCUCGCCGCCCCGCCACACGUAGCGGCUGGCACGUCCCGGGAUGGGUGCCACGGCCGCAUAAAAAGGCGUUGAUCUGGAGACAAAAAGAUUGAAAGUAACAGUGACAAGAAAGUUGAAGGAAAUAGUAUCCAAAUGUGGAUCUGGCAGGUUUUUCGUGUGUUGGUGUUAUAAACAGCAUCCAUGAUACGAAGAGUACCUGACUAGGCCAAAAAUACCUCAGGGCGCCGCACAAAUUUCACAGCAACUUUUUGACGAUGCAUCCCACACAUGACAAUACAACGCAGUACUUGUGAGGCAAAGAUUAUUUUUAAUUGUUGGUACUUCUCACUCUUGUAGAAGGUAGCGACAUUCAUCGAAAAGCUUAAAGAAUUAUUCAAGAAGGAAAUCAUAAGAUCAGCAGAUCCCGUGGAAUGAAUGGCUGAGGCCGGAGGGAGGAGCCUUGAUAUGAGCUAGCGACACCCCGAGCCCACGCGGCCCAGAUAACAGCAGUCAAUGAGAGUGAGACUGCAGUAGUUCAGUCCGAGACAAGAGACCUCCAAGACCCAUCAACAGCCAUUCAGGGCAUAUCAUUGGCCAUUCUGCACACACACACACACACACGCACAC